UGAGCCCCCAAAGGACAGGAAGAGAGAUUGCAAUCAAGAUGAGGACCUUUUUGCUCACUCUUGGAUUUGCUCUGAUCUGUGCUUCUUCCCAAUAUGACCCAUCAGAGAUCAAUGGGGACUGGCGUACCACUGUCAUGGCAGCUGAUAACCUAGAGGAGAUUAGUGAAGAUGGAGAUCUGAGAUUCCUUUUCCGUCACCUUGAAUGUGUUGAUGCAUGUGAGAAGUUAGUUGUCACCUUCUACAUCAAGUCCAACGGGGAGUGUCAGAAGUUCUCAGUGGAGUCCACAAAAGGACCUCAUGAUGUUUAUGAAGUCGAGUAUGCAGGACAAAAUUUCUUCCAAAUCGAGUACUUCUCCAAUAGUUUCAUAGUAUUUUAUAAUAAACAUGUGGAUGGAAAUGGCAAGGUUACUCAUAUGACUAAUGUUGCUGCUAAGGAAGACAGGGUGAGUGAAGAACAUAAGAAGAAGUUUGAAGAAGUGACAGUGGCAACCAAGAUUCCAAAGGAGAACAUAAGAAAUGUUAUUGAAACUGAUGACUGUCCUGCUGCCUAAGGACCUUGCCUGAUUAUCAGACACUUGAGUUCCUAAUGAAAUCAGGAAUGUUUGCAACAUUAUCUUCUUAAGGGCUCAGCAAUCAUCUCUAUGAAGAUAAAAUGCCCCUCUUUUAUUAGAAUGGUAGUUUCUUCUUUUCUGUAAAGUUGCAAGCCCUCUCUAAGGAAUUACCCACAAGUUCUCUUCUGUAUUUUUUCUGAUAUUCCUGUAUUCCUAAUUGAUUAAUAAAUUUGAUCUUAC